AGCAGUAAAAACUGGAGGGCGGCAGUUGACUUUUGUGGGCGGCUUCUAACUGCACACGGUCAAGGCUAUAAAAAAAGUGGACUACCUACUAACCAUACAACAGAUUCUUUACAGCUGUGGUUUGUGAGACUAGCACUGCUGGUAAAACUGAAUCUGUUCCAAAACGCAGAAAUGGAAUUUGAACCAUUUGGAAAUUUAGACCAGCCUGAUCUUUAUUAUGAAUAUUACCCCCAUGUAUACCCUGGACGAAAAGGUUCCAUGGUUCCCUUCUCCAUGCGGAUUUUACAUGCCGAACUUCCUCAGUACCUAGGAAAUCCUCAAGAAUCACUUGACAGACUGCAUAGUAUGAAGAUAAUCUGCACCCAGAUAUUAGAAAAUUUGGAACAAGGCUUAGCUGAAGAUGGAAGUAUGACUAACAUGACACAGGAGAACAGACAAGGCUCUGUUCAGCUGUGGAGGUCACGUCUGGGCCGGGUGAUGUACUCCAUGGCAAACUGUCUGCUAAUGAUGAAGGACUACGUGCUUGCUGUAGAUGCUUAUCACACCGUCAUCAAAUACUACCCAGAGCAAGAGCCUCAGCUGUUGAGUGGAAUUGGAAGGAUUUUCCUUCAGAUCGGAGACAUAAAAACGGCGGAAAAGUAUUUUCAGGACGUUGAGAAAGCCACUCACAAAUUGGAUGGACUGCAGAGCCAAAUUAUGGUUUUAAUGAACAGGGCGUUUCUCCACCUUGGUCAGAAUAAUUUUGCAGAAGCUCAUCGAUUUUUCACGGAAAUUUUAAGGAUCGACUCAUCAAAUGCUGUGGCUAACAACAAUGCUGCCGUUUGUCUUCUUUAUCUGGGGAAGCUGAAGGAUUCCCUCCGGCAGCUGGAAGGAAUGGUGCAGCAGGCCCCUAAACACUACCUGCACGAGAGUGUCCUCUUCAACCUGACCACGAUGUACGAACUGGAGUCGUCUCGCAGUAUGCAGAAGAAGCAGGCCCUUCUAGAGGCUGUAGCUAUCAAAGAGGGCGACAGCUUUAACACUCAGUGUCUCAAGUUGGGAUAGGUCAUUUCCAACUAUUUUUUCCCAGCAAGGCUGAUUUUUUAAAUUGUAUAUACUCUUGCUAAUGUGUAAAUGUGAAAUAAAAUCUGCUCAG